CGCCUAAUGCCAGACAAGAUAAUAUUAUUAUAAAAGACAGAACAGUAGUUUCCUCUCUCUCUCUCUCGUACUUUUUUUCCACAGAGUUGAAUAUACUUUUGAGCUCUUUCUGGGUAGUGAGAGCACAGCUGCCAUGAGUAGUGAAGCUUCGCAAAGCAGACAAGUCUCCAUUUUUAAACUCAGAUCCGCCGCCUCUACAUGCUCGAUCCUCUCGCACCCACACGACAUAUAUAUAUUAUCAAGGGAAAUUGAGGAGGGAGAUAGAGAAGAGCAAGAUAUGGAUGGAAAAGGCAACAGAUUGGUCUUGCCAGAAGAUGGCUAUGAAUGGAGAAAAUAUGGCGAAAAGUUCAUAAAAAAUAUUGGGAAAUUCAGAAGUUACUUCAAGUGCCAAAGGAGCAAUUGUAGUGUGAAGAAGAGAGCUGAGUGGUCGGCCUCGGAGCCCGGUUCUGUUCGAGUAGUGUAUGAGGGGGUGCACACCCAUGGCUUACCGGCAUCAGAAUCUGCCUCCUCCGGCCACUCAGGGACUUCAUCUUCGACUGCCAACCAAUAUGACUUGUUGACACAAGUUCUCGGAGAUCGAUCCAUUAACUAGUACUACUUCUCUUUAAGGCAUCUUUUUCCCCUUGGAGAAAGCCUUGCCAGACUGCCAGUUAAGAACAAUGAAGGUAUAUAUAUAUAUAUAUAUAUAUAU